AUGGUUAAGGAUGGCUACUUUACGUGGUGGCAACAAGACUUUGAACUCCGCAAUAUUUUUUGCGCAAGCCUGCCAGCACAAGCCGUCUAUAGCGAAGUCUCGUACGGCCUGCUAGAAGAAAUUGACUUUGUCUUUCUUCGCAAAGGUUUGAGCCAACUUCAAUUGACGCCCUGUCUGAACUACGUGUUCCAGAGUCUGCUGGCUCAGAUGCCUCCUCGUUCUCUGAAUGACAAAAGGGCUUUGGUAUCGGACGUUAAUCAUGAAUCGCCCAACCAUCUCUGCAAAUUGUAA